AAUUGUUCAAACUUCAAAGGAAGAAAUCUUGUUCAAAGGAACAAAUAAUACCAAAUAUAUGAAUAAAUACAUGUCAUGUUACAAAAUCUUGUUCAAAGGAACAAAUAAUACCAAUUAUUAAAAAGUAGGCUCUAGAAGAAAAUUGUUAUUCUUCAUCGGUCAACGGUGGUUCGUACGGCGGUGAACGACGUUCCUUUUUCAGUGGCGUCGCUUGAUUGGCCAGGGCAUACAUGGACACUAAAUUUAAUGACUAAAAUGCCACAUGUGUAUUAUAUUGAUCGGCUUAAUUGCACUUUUGCCCGACCAACUUGCACAAACCGGCGAUAAGGUAUACACAAAUAUGAGGUAUGAGGUAUUAUAUUGUUCGGCUUAGAUUCAUUCAUUAAAUGAUGUAUGUGGUCCAUAAUAAGGAUUAAUUGAAUGAAUUUAAAAUGUAAAUUUGAUUAUAAUAGUGACCGGAGGGUGUAUAUCUUUAUUUGACUAGUAGACGUGGUAUUUAUUAAAAGUAUCCUUAAUACCUCAACAUGGCGCCCUACUUUGGAGAAUUGAGUUAAGUUAAACACUCAUGGUGUUGCUUAUCAUUUUACGGGACACGGGCGACGUGUGGGGGCCUGACAGAGCUUUUCGUAAGGGUUUUUAGUGCUAGUUUUUGCUUGUGUUCUACUGUGGUUCUAAGCUUUAGGGUAUAUAUCUAGGUCUGAAGCUUGCGCGUAAAAGAAGAUUCUAUCACAUUAUUGAGAGUGACUCUCUUACUGCUAUCCACUCUUUAAGUUAGGGUUGUUGAGUGAGUCACCCUUAUUAUCCCUUUGUCGUAUUUUAGCCUUAUCUAGAGUCGGUUGUAAGGUUCAUUGGAAUCAUAUAUUAAGAGAAGCAUGGUUUAUUCUCUCCUUGCUUUUUCAUUCUUUUGAUGUUAUUCAUGCUUUUCUUUGUAUCCCCCCUAAUGGCUCUGACGUUGAGGGACUUUUCGUUAGCUUUUUCUGUUCGAGCGUCUACCUGUUUAUUCAUAAAAAAAACAUAUAAUUUAGCACCACAUCUUAUUUUAAUUUUCGAAUAUUUUAAGUUUCAAAAAUACUAGAGAUUACUCAUACUAGUUUCAUAUUAAGUAUUAUUUUUAUCCUUUGGAAGGCAACUGAUAAAAUAGUCGAAGAAGAACGAAUGUUGGAGACUUAAUAGGAGACAAAAGUAUGUAUACAUAAAGAUACCAGAAAAGGUGUAAGGGACUAAGUGGAGAAUUGAAGAACAAGACUUGAAGAAGAAGUAGAAAAAUUAAAGAGUGUGCUAUGAAUGUGAUGGAUAUGAAUAAGGUAGUGGAGUGUUCAAACUCAAAUCUUCUUGAAGAUUUGUGGGUAAUUAUAUCCAAAAAACUGAACACUACGAUUGAUGUUGUUCGAUUCCGUAGUAUUUGUAGAUUUUGGCGCUCUCUUCUUCCUCCUCCACCUGCCUCUCACAACCUUUGCAUUCCACAUCAAAAUUAUUUUCUACUCCAAACCAAAAUAUACCACAUUGAACCCUCACCACAUGAUCACAACCCUUCAACUUCUUGUUCUAAUCAAGGUGGGAUCAUUAAAGUUUUUCAAAAUUCAAAUUCCUCCAAACUUUAUCUCUUUGAUCUCUUCACUAAUACGAGAAUUCGAGCCGAGGAAAAUACCGAAAAAGUUUUGGAUUUGAUGAACUUUCGAGUUGUUGAGUUGUCUGAAGUAUAUACUCGAAGUCAUCAUGAAGAUAAAAUUGGUUUUAAGUGUGCAUCCCGUAAUAAUGUUUGCAAUGUUUGCAAUAUUUGCAAAGUAAUCUUGUUUUCUAUUGAGGGUCGUUGCAUGGUCUUUGCACUGCAUAAUGAUAAAGAGUUGACUGUUUCCAAUAUUGGAGAAAAGGAAAAUAUCAUGUUAAAUGAUGAUUGUAGAGAAAACAAAUAUUUUGAUGAUAUAAUACAUUACAAGGGACAACUUUAUGUUGUGGAUAAAAUGGGAACAAUUUUCUGGAUCAAUGCUCUUUCCUUGAAGUUGGUUCAAUUUUCACCAAAAAACAUGUACCAUUGUGCUGAAAAUAGGCAUAUAAGGGUGAAUUCUAACAUAAACAAGAAGCAAUUAGUAGAGUAUGAUGGAGGUCUAUAUGUGGUUGAUUUAUAUAUCAAUGAUGAAAGGUAUUACAAAAGGGGUUACUUCUUGAAGGCCGUUUUUGUGGAAGUUUAUAAGCUUGAUCAAGAAUGGGGUAAAUGGUUAAAAGUAAAAGAUUUGGGUGAUGUUUCGUUUGUUUUGGAUAAAGACACAAAUUUUGCAUUGUUGGCUCGAGAUUACUAUGGGUGUGAAGAAAACUGCAUCUACUUCUAUUAUGAAAGCAGGGCAUCUUGUUUCAACUUGAAGAGUUUAGAGUCUAAACCUGCUGACAAAUUUUGGAUUGGUCCAACUUUGUUCCAUCCAGUGAUCAAUUAAUUUGAAGGCGCACCCUCAUGCAAGGAUACAGAAAACCACCAAAUUCAUUGAAGAUUUGUAUUUAAAUUUAUGGAUAACCUAUCCGUUGCAGAAUUAUAGAAUUGAACUUAGGUCACAGUAGAUGUGAGCAUAUGUCUGACCAUCUCUGCCAAUUGUAAUUGGUAGUAGUAAUCCUAGUUUUUAAUUAUUGGUAUGAUUUGUUCCUUUGGAUAUGAUUUUGUUUCAAUAUUAGGUGACAUGACGUAUUUGUUCAGUAAUAGUAAUUUUGAAACUGAACUUGGUGAAUUUUUAAACCUAAACGGUUGAGGACUUCAUUGGUAGAAAUUUUUGCCACACUACUAUAUCUUA